CAUUAAUCUUCAGCCUAUCCCAUCCUGGGAGUGGUCUUAUGUCAGAGUGGCUCCAGCUGAUUGGUCCCGAUGUGUGCCUCCUUUGACAAGCCCACACUGAAGCAGGUAUAUAUUAAAUUAACUUGAAAGAGUGUCAGCAAGACGGGCCUUGGGGAUCCCCGAUAAUCAAGCUCAGCUCAUCUCCUCAUCCUCCAUCCUCAUCUUGUAAGAUGAAGACCCAGACACCGCUUCACGUGGCCACUCCAGUGAGGCAGAGCCUCGCACUGACCAAAGUGGCUGGGACCUCUGUUUAUCUGAAACUGGACUCAUCCCAGCCAACUGGAUCUUUUAAGAUCAGGGGCAUCGGUCACCUCUGUAAAACUUGGGCAGAAAGAGGCUGUGAGCGAUUUGUCUGCUGUUCCGGAGGAAAUGCUGGCAUGGCGGCUGCAUAUUCAGCCCGCCAGCUUGGGGUUCCUGCAACCAUAGUGGUUCCAAGUGUAACACCCAACGCAACAGUGGAGAGGCUGAAGGACGAGGGCGCAACUGUUGUCAUUCAUGGAAAGGCUCUAAAUGAAAGCAUUGAAUAUGGACAACAGCUUGUGGCAAACAACGCGGGCUGGAUAUUCAUCUCCCCCUUUGAUGAUCCCCUCAUCUGGGAAGGUCACACGUCUCUGGUGAAAGAACUGGAGCGUGACCUGGGGGAGAAGCCUGGAGCAAUAGUUCUGUCAGUCGGAGGCGGAGGCUUGCUGAACGGAGUGGUGGAGGGACUACGUCGGGCUGGCUGGGCCGAUGUGCCCAUUGUAGCCAUGGAAACCAUUGGAGCACACAGCCUCAAUGCGGCCAUGAAGGCUGGACAUCUUGUUACAUUGCCAGCAAUUACGAGCGUUGCAACCACACUGGGCUUAACAAGGGUGUCUGCACAGACCAUGAAGCUGGUGGGGGAGCACGCGGUUUUCUCAGAGGUGGUCACAGACCAAGAGGCGGUAAAAGCUGUGGAGCACUUUGUGGAUGACGAGAAGAUCCUGGUGGAGCCGGCCUGCGGCGCCGCCCUGGCAGCCGUGUACAGUGACAUUAUCAAAAGGUUGCAGGACGAAGGCAAGCUGGCGCGGCACAUGGGCCCAGUGGUGGUUGUGGUAUGCGGCGGCAACAACAUCAGCAUGGAGCAGCUGCAGAGGUUAAAGAAACAGCUCGGCAUGAUUUAACGUCUGCCAAGGGUCCUCCUGACCUUUCCUGUCUUCUUCCAUUACCCACCCUCAGUCCCAAAGCCUUGUUACUCAAUUGCUCCACCGACCGAAUCAUUCCAGACCAAAACUCCAGUGAGCAGUGAGACUGACAGGCAGAGGGGUGAAUGGCUGUAAGGGGAUUUUUCUUUUUAAAGGAAAAAAAAGAGGAAAAAUAUGAAAGUAGUUUUCGAAAAUGGGAACUUGAAUAUAAAGUGUUGUGUAUCGAUUCAAAUAACAGUCACACUGUGUCUGUGAUUUGUAAAAUGUUUCUAUAUUGUACUACUUUUGUACUUGAAUGUAUUUAAACAUCAAAUAAAUUCCUCGGCCUUCCA